GGCAUACAUCAGUUCUGCGUUAUCGACGCCUACCUAAUGAACGAACACCUCCCUCUUUCCAUGAUACGUUUGGACACUUUGCAUCCGGAAUCGUCAGAUUGGUAUAAGCAACCUGCCCAUGAGCUAGAGCACCGAGGCCUGCGAGCAUUCAACAAGUCGCUGACGGACACGACCGGUUGGAAUGCUGUGCCACGGUUUCUAUUCUUGUCGCUCCUUGCCCUCGAUUUCCUCGUCGAAAAUCUCGCGCAUAAAGACUAUGACCUCGAUUCAACACUUCUUCUUCUGGUCGAAUGUCCCCGACUUUGUCGAGGGGUACGGAGAUGGGUCAAGGAUGGGUCUCAGCGGUUCGACUCUCAGCCUAUGAUUUUGCACCUUCGGGCAACACUCGGCAACCUGUCGAGGAGACCUGAUACGAGCAUAACUAUUUGGAAGAUGUUGCACACAUUCGACCUGAACCUAACGUCACUAAAUGACUCCGAGGGGCCACAACCUUCUGGGAUUGGUCAAUGGUGGGAAUUACCCCUUGAAGCCCGAGGCCUUGGCGCCGGUGCAGGACCGAAACUGCAGCUUGUUUUCUGGAGAAGGGAAAUCCCCCUCCAGCUAAGCCGGAUACGAGCUUUUCCUGCGUAUGCAGUCUCCUCCACCGUCGCCGUAUUUCCCUUAGCUCCGGACGUGGCUGAGCAAGAGUCGCCGGUGGCCACCCAAUCCUUACCUUGGGAGCCAUCAAGAGAUAACUCAACUCAGACACAGCAAUCGGGAACCCUGCCCACUCAUACUUCAUGCACGACCGUGAGGGAUCGACCGUUAGCCGGGAUGGAUUUCCCCGACAGAGAGUUGGAUGAUGUCAACAGCAACGCUAUCUAUGGAUUUAACCAAAGUGACGGUACCUGUCAUCCCUACACGUCAGAUAACACCGGGCUUGGCGUGCUCUCAACCGCCGAGGGGAGGGCCGUGUAGACAGUAUGCCUUAACGCAACAUGCAUCAUCAGAU